CUUGCCACGUCAGUUUGUGACGGAUGUCGGAGGAGGAUCCUGGGCACAGUGGGCAGUGAAGGCGGUGCUCUCAAUAGAUUGAGCCGUGUCUUUAGUCCUACUGAUGUAAGAGGGAAGUACUAAGUGGUCAGCACUUGCUCGAAAGAUCUAAAGGAAAGAGCAUGGACACCAGCAAACUGGCUGAGAGACUCGCUGAAGCCGGCCAGUCUCAUGUUCUCCAAUAUUGGAACCAGCUAAGCCCUGAGGAACAAGCUGAAAUGAUUGUUGAUUUGGAGAGCCUGAACUUCAUGGAGAUCAAUAACUUCUUUAAAACUGCCAUGAAGACAUCUGGGCAGAACUCACAGGAGAAGGUGGAUGCCAGAAUGGAGCCGGUGCCCCGAGAAGUUUUGGGAAGCGUAACACGUGAUCGGGAACGUCUCAAAGAAUGGGAAGAAGAGGGCCUUCGAUGUAUAUCAGAGAACAAAGUGGGGGUUCUUCUAUUGGCUGGAGGGCAAGGGACUCGGCUGGGUGUAUCAUAUCCAAAAGGCAUGUAUGACGUGUACCUCCCCUCUCACAAAACCCUCUUUCAGAUCCAGGCGGAGCGCAUCAGAAGACUGGAACAGCUCGCUGAAAAACAGCACUCAAGGAAGUGUUGUAUUCCAUGGUACAUUAUGACAAGUGGCAGGACAAUGGACAUGACCAAAGAUUUUUUCAUGCAACACAAAUACUUCGGCCUGAAGGAAGAGAAUGUGUUUUUCUUUCAGCAAGGCAUGCUUCCCGCUGUGGACUUUAAUGGGAAAAUUAUUCUAGAGGGCAAAGGCAAACUGUCCAUGGCACCAGAUGGAAACGGGGGCCUGUACAGAGCUCUGGGGACACAGAAUAUUGUGCAGGACAUGGAGACGAGAGGAAUCUCCUACAUCCACGUCUACUGUGUAGACAACAUUCUUGUGAAAGUGGCCGACCCUGCUUUCAUUGGCUUCUGUACACUGAAAAAAGCUGAUUGCGGUGCAAAGGUUGUGGAGAAGACCAAUCCAACAGAGGCAGUGGGUGUGGUCUGUAAGGUGGAUGGGCGUUACCAAGUAGUGGAGUACAGCGAGAUCACCUUGGCAACAGCAGAGAAGCGAAGCGCUGAUGGACGACUACUGUUCAACGCCGGCAACAUAGCUAAUCACUUCUUCACCCUCACGUUCCUCAAAGAGAUCGUGAGGACUCACGAGCCACAGUUGCAACACCAUGUGGCACAGAAAAAAAUCCCCUUUGUGAACACACAAGGACAGCUAAUCAAACCUGACAAACCCAACGGGAUUAAGAUGGAAAAAUUUGUCUUCGACAUAUUCCAGUUUGCCAAAACAUUUGUGGUGUAUGAAGUUCUGAGAGAAGACGAGUUUUCUCCAUUGAAAAAUGCAGACAGUCAAGAUGGGAAGGACAACCCCACUACAGCCCGUCAGGCCCUCAUGUCCCUGCAUCACCGCUGGAUCUUAAAUGCAGGAGGACAUUUCGUUGAUGAGAAUGGAACCCCUAUACCUGCUAUACCCAGACAUGGACCAGCAGGGACAGUCACUCCUGAAGUCAGCCAGAACCUGAAGGAUGGAACAGACCUGCCAAUCAAAUGUGAGAUCUCUCCUCUUGUGUCUUAUGGUGGUGAGGGGUUGGAGCAUCUUGUAAAUGGAAAAGCUUUCCAGCCCACUCUGGUCAUCGAUGAGAACGGCGUCCGCGAGCUUGUGAAGAAUGGCCUGUGAACCUCGAGCCAGUUGCUGCACUUGAAACCAAAAGAAGGCUCUUUAUCUCUUCAUCUUCAUCUCACUUCCUGCCAGGGUGGAGGAAACCGUGCCAUUCUUGUGCAAUAAAAUGAAUGAAGGGUGCCAGUAGGCUAAUCACAAUCAAAUCAUUUUAAAAAUCUAUUUAUUUUGCUAAGACUUAUUUUUAUAUCAGUGUGCAGAGCUUUUUUUUUUUUUUAAUUGGAACUUAUGAGUUCAACCAUUCAGUUUCUAUAUGGAUGUAUCAAAUGAUAAACAGAGAUUUUAGCCAUUUCUGCUUAAUCUGUUCCACUCUGAAAAUGUAGAUACAUGUAAAAUCAAAGUUUGGUCUACUCUCUGGAUGUCUGUUUUUGACAGGUAUGUUUUCGACGAGAAAAAGUGAGUGGGAAUGUGACAUUGCAUCAGAUUUUCCAGCACAGGGUUUAUGAGAGAUUCUGAUUGGCUGGAAUCUGUUGCUGCCAAUAACAGUGCUUCAGAAAGUGUGCACUUUGAGUCACCUUCUCUCUUUCACAGUCUACCAUUCCACUUUUCUGAUUAGCCUUUGUCUGCACCAUCUAUGUUUGAUUGUGCACAUCCAUGUAUAAAACAAUUUAUCACAACGGAUAA